GGUCUUGGACAUAUCUCCCUGAAUGAUUUUGCUUAAAAUAUAAAAAGCUUAAUUGGUUUGGCGCCUUUUGGAUUACCCCCUCCAUUUUGUUCCAAAAACCCUGGCUACUCGUUUAGAUUUUUGGUAAUUGUUCAGUCAAAUUUUCUGAGAACGAAUCAAAAGGGAUCAUCGUGUUGGUAUGUAUUCUUCAAUGAAACCCUGAAGACAAUUAGAUUCAAUUUUUGCUAAUAAUGAAACCCUAAAAACAAUUUUUCUCUUUUUCUUUAUCUUCUCUUUUUCACCUGCCGCUAUGAGAUCAAGACGUCAAGCUAUUCUCAGUGCGGCUAGUAGCGGUGAACUUGACCGGCUCAAGAAAUUACUUGCAAAGUAUGAUGGCGGAAGAGGAUUAGCAAACACAGUGAGGAAUAUCAAAGAUGAUAAUGGAGUAGGAAUUAUUCACUUUGCUGCCAUAAAAGGGCACUUAAAUGUUCUCAAAUACUUGAUUGAGGAAUUGGGACUUGAUUUCAAUAUGAAAGAUGAAAAAGGUAAAUCUCCAUUCUUACAUGCAACAACGAGUGGGAAUCUUAACACUUUUGAAUGUCUACUUGAAAAGGGUGUUGAUCCUGAGUCAUCCACCAGCAGAGGCUAUAGCCCUUUGCACUGUGCUGCUGAAAAAGGAUACACAGAGAUUCUUACCAGAUUACUCUCAAGAGGUAUUAAUGUAAAUGGUUCAAGUGAAAUUGGCACACCCCUUGAUUUGGCUGCUAAUUUGGGCCAAUUCGAGGCAAUGCGGAUUUUGUUAGAUCACAAUGCAAAUUGCGUCGAGCUUUUACUUCAGGCUGGUGCUGACCCAAACUGUGGAUCAGAUGGAAUUAAUCCUUUGACAGCUGCAGCAAUUGUUACUUCUCGUAUUACGGAAUAUGCCGACUGGAGUGUUGGUGGAGUAAUUAGACAUGUGCAUUCUGAUCAAGCUAAGGAACAGAGAAAAUUGAAAGCUAAGGAGAGGUUUCACGAGGCAAAGUUAUGCGGCGCAGAUGCGUUUAAGAAACAGGACUAUUUUCAGGCAAUGAUUUGCUACUCACAGGCAAACGAAAUUGGUCCGCAUGACGCAACUGUACUUUCUAACCGAAGUAUGUGCUGGGCCCGCAUGAAAGAUGGCAAGCCGGCUUUAGACGAUGCCAUUGCAUGCAUAUCUCUAAGGCCAGAUUGGCCCAAGGGAUACUACAGGGCAGGUGUAGCAUACAACUUACUAAAAAGGUACAGUGAUGCACAGAAAGCCUUCCUCGAGGGUUUGAAGUUGAGUCCUAACUGUCAAGAGCUUAAAGAUGCACUCAGGGAAGCUGUUCAAGCUCAGUUGAAAACUCUAUGAAAUGAACAAUAUCUUGUCUGGAAGGAGAUGGAUGGCUAUGACACUUUUUUGACAACUUUCUGAAUGAAAUUAACUUCACUACACGUGUACAGCCCUUUUCUUAGGUUACCAUCAUCAUUUUGAAAACACAAAGCCCUACCUCUUUCCAUACUUUUCCACUUGGAACCUCGAGACUAAUUCAUACAUUUUGCGCCAGGGUAUCAGUUGGAUGGCGGAAAUCUUAAUGUCUAACUUCAAGAUGCAAGACGUUAUCUAUAAACAAGUCAUGUCAAAUAUAUCCCACUAUGGUGUACAGUCACCUCAAUUAAUAUCUGACUCUUUUUUUUUCCUGAUAGCAUGAAAUUUAUGGUGGCGUCGUUAGGGGUUACCAUGGAAGAAUUAGGGGCGACACAAAAAGACAAAGAAGAUCACCCAAGCGUAAAUUAAGCUACCCCUAAUCUCCGAUUUUUCGAAAUGGUAAUUUUACAUUCCAUAAUUGGUAGAUAAAACUACAAUCGGUGGUUUAAUUUGGUAUACCUCGUGUUUUUUUCUACGAACUCUUUAAUCGGUAGCUAUUGUUAGAAUCGGUUGUGUCGGUGUUCAAAAUUGAUAGAUUACUCAGCAAUCGGUAGUUACGGUGAUGAAAAUCGGCAGAUAAUGUGUAUAAAGUUGGUUUUGGGAAACUUUUUCCCAUUAUUUGGUUUAAAUUUUUGGUGGGAGAGAGAAGAAGAGAAAGAAGAAGAAGUGUGAGUUUAUCAUUUUCUUAAAAUCAACAAGAAACAUGGAUGGGUACGAAGAAGGUGAAGAACAUAAUAUUGAAGCUUCACUACCGUUUAGAGAAGGCGAUUUGGGGUUUUUGUUGAAUGAUCCAAACUUUUGUGGAGAGGAAACCCUAGACGACGCUUUCAUGGAAGCACAGAAUCAACUGAGAUCGAAGCUAACGAUGCAUCUAACACACGGGUAUUGUGUUAAGAAACUCAUAACCCACUUUGUAUGCGUUUUUAUGUGUUUUUGACAAUGACCAAAUCUUCAGUUGCGUCAAACAUUGCCAUGCUUGUAAGUUGAGAUGUAGAAUGAAUUCACAAGAAUAGACGAUGGAAAAUCUAUUUGUAGAAUACACGACACUAUAUAUGUGUUGUUUGGUGCAUAAACAAGAAGAGUUUACCCUCCUUAUAUAGAUGAGAAUCCCAACGUCUUUGUUUUCUCGAAAAUAUGGUCGUUGAUGUGUACUUUUACAAGAGCGUACUACAACACUUACGUACAAUGAUUACAUAUAAUCGGUAGAUAAAUAUUGAACACGUCCUACCGAUUAUACUUAAUCGGAAGCUAUGUAGCGUUAUGUAUUACCAAUUAUUUGCAG